UAGUAAACCAGAGAUUUCCUGAAAUACAAAAGCCAAAUUAUCUUCUUUUGAUGAUGCACAUAAACUGGAUAGAUUUGUUUUCUCUUAAGGAUAUGUGCAAUCUUAGGAACUAGCAUGAUCGAAAAAGAUGGAAAACCAACUUUGAAGUUGACGCUUACCCAAAAUCCUCAGUUGGCUUUACAAUGAAGUGUAAGAUCAAUCCACAGAACGAUGAUGAGUCAAGCGUAGAGACCUUCUUCAGACUUGCUGAACAAUUGAUCCCACUUGCCGAAUCCAACUUGAAUGAAAACAAGGAAGGAACCAGCCUCCAAUUCUACAGAAGAUUCUGCUUCGUUGGAGAUGGACUCGGAGAUGCCAUCUCAGUUUGUGGAUAUGCCAGUGCUGAACUGUGGAUUGGUUGGAGAGUUAACCAUGACGGAGGUCUCAGUCUCUAUAACGUAACCUACACCCCAUUCUCCUACUUCCAAGGAGGAGUUAAUGUGUCUGCUGCUUCCUACCCAGCUGAGGUUUCAUAUGGAGGAUAUAUCCAACUCUACAACUUAGAAGUUUCAGUUAACUUCUUGAUUUCCCAAAGCCAGAUUUGUUGGGAUGGAGAUUUCUUCCUUUAUGCUACGCAGGCAUUCACUUCAGUUAAUACUAAUCUCCUUCUGUGUCAAAGAUCUAUUCCAGAUAUGACUCCAUGGGAUUGUGACAAAGUUCAGGGAGUCCAGUUCAGACACUUGACCUACGACUUCUUCGAUGGAACCUUUAUCGAUUUGCUACCAAGAACCUGCAUCACUUUUUAGUUUGUUUCUUUGUUAGUAAAAUCU